AUUUCUGGCGGUAAACUAAAAACGAAUGUCAUUUUAGAUUCGAAAUGCUACGUGAAAGAAAUCUAAAUUCUACUCUACAACCAGCCAUGUUUUUGUUCAAUCGUCAUUCUGUAGUUGACUAUCAUAAGGACGACGCCCUACGCGUAGCUAAGGAAGUCUGCAGAUGUUUCGAUGAAAACAAGGACAAGUUUACUGACUUUACCGUCAACGUUGGCAACACCAAGUUCAACUGUCAUAAGUUUGUCUUAAGUUCCUGCUCUGGUUUCUUUGAGGCUCUCAUGAGGACAGAUAAGAGAUCAAAAUCUGAAUCAAGUUGUACCAUACAUGGAAUAACGCCAGAAAUAUUUGGUCUUAUACUGGAUUUUUUUUAUAAAGGGAAGAAUGUUUUAACUGAAGAAAACAUGGUUGAAAUGUGGCACGCGUCUACUCUACUGGAAAUCACAUUUUUAAUUUCGGACUGUGAAACAUUUGUAAAAGAUAGAGUAAAUUUACAAAACUACUGGCAAAUAUUUAUUGAAGCUAAGCUGUUGAAUUCCUUCGUCGUUUUGAAGAAAACUAAAGAGUUUAUGGUGGAUAAUUUUCAGAAGAUUGCUGAAUCCGACGUCUUGAUGCAACUUUCUUUUGAUGAUUUAAAAUUCAUUUUAAAACACGAUUGGUGUCUUAGGACUGAUUAUGUCGUGCAAGCAGUUUUAAAAUGGACGUGUACAGAUGACUCUUAUCUGACUAGUUCUUCUAAUAAAUUGAGCAGCUUGUCACAUGGGAAAGAGAUUGCUUCGACGUUUGACCAGGAUAACAUAACACUCCGCAGGUCAUACCUUGGUCAGUUGUUUGCUCUAGUUCCAAUAAAACACACUUCCACGGAGUGCCUGGUCAAACUUUUGAACAAUAAAUUUGUCUUGGCAAAUUUUGGUGCCAUAACUCAAAUAACCAGGAUCGCAUCCAUUAGAGAAGUCAAAACAGAAACCAAAAAUCUUAACUGCUGCUAA